GUACUGCAGAGUGUCGUCCCAUGUGUGCGGCAGGGAAUGAGUUAACGGCCAGGGGUGCUUGAGGAAAUUGAGGAGAUUAAGGAGCUGCAAAGCAGUCACAUGAUAAGUGCAUCAUAGGACUGAGAGGGCGUCCUAUUUCUCUCGCUCUCUAAGGCAACCAGUGUUAAAAAGUAGGAGCCACACAUUCUCCCCCCCCCUGCAGCCCUGGGUACCGUGCCAGAGAGACCGGACGUGUCUGUUAGGAUUCUAGAAGGACCAUUCUGUCUGUUCAUCCAUCGCCAAGAUGGAUCACAGUCACCACGGGGCCAUGGACAACAUGGACAUGAUGUCGACAUCUGAUCCACAUGCCGGACACGUUCACCCAACCACGGCAGGACACGACCACGGAGGCGAAAGUGGCGGUGGCAUGCAUAUGAUGCGCAUGACGUUUUACUUCGGCUACACGAACGUUGAGUUGCUUUUCUCCGGUCUGGUGAUAAAUUCAGGGGGAGAGAUGGCGGGUGCCUUCGUGGCAGUGUUUCUGCUGGCAGUAUUGUAUGAAGGACUGAAAAUUGCUCGGGAAAGCUUGCUACGGAAGUCACAAGUCAGCAUUCGCUAUAACUCCAUGCCCGUACCGGGGCCUAACGGAACCACUCUGAUGGAGACACACAAAACCGUGGGGCAGCAGAUGAUCAGUUUGCCGCACAUCCUGCAGACCUUCCUUCAUAUAAUCCAGGUGGUGGUCAGCUAUUUCCUGAUGUUGGUCUUCAUGACGUACAAUGCGUAUCUGUGUAUCGCGGUGGCAGCUGGAGCCGGCACGGGUUACUUCCUGUUUAGCUGGAAGAAGGCAGUGGUGGUGGAUAUAACGGAACACUGCCAUUAACGAUGAUUCUCCUUGGCAUCUCUUGCCUCUUCCUGGCCUCAUGACAUGGAUAAAGUUUUUUUUUGUUUAGCAUCUCCCAAAGAGGCGCAUGUAACUAGGAUAAACCUCCAUCAGUGCCUUUUCUAAAAGUGGCCACUGGGUCUAGAAUUAACACUUAGACUCGAAUGCUCUCAUAGGUUUUCUGCAGUGCCAGCCAAGUCUGAUGGCAUCCAGCAUUGCAAAUGUUGGAUCUUCACCGGAUCUGUGUUGGCCAAGCCUUUUGUUUUUUCUUUUCUUCCAGUAAGUGGCAUCUGUAGGAAGCCCUAUUCCACCAUUCCUGUGGAAUGGGAGAUAUUUACAAUCUGACACCAAAAUAAUAAAAGAGAAACCCACAAUUUGUUCCCGCGUCUAGUGGCACCAACAACCAAUUUGUGACCUGUAUUACUCAUGUACCCACUUAGAAGAAGCAGUGACAUCCAAGAGACAGCAGACAUGGCCUCUGGAAAUGCUGUACCCGCACUGCAAUGUGAAAUCUCUGUGGAUCUCACUGAACUCUAAAUCCCUCUUAUCAAACCAGCUUUAUUUUUAAAGCCAGUUCUUCACACAUACCCUUUGUCCAAUGUCCUGCAGAUUUCUGUCCAGAGUUUUACCUUCCUAAAUUAACUCACAGACAAUUCAGGUUAAUCCUCAAUAGCAUUUCUAAUUCUCUAUGUAAUAUUUUAUUUUAAUCCCUUUCAGUGUUUUGAUAAACUUAAAUUUCUUCGGAAUUGAUUUUCUAAUUGCAAAUCUUCAUUCUGGAACGUUAAAGAAAUUAAUCUUCCAGCUUUUAUGAAAUUACGGCCAUCAAGUGUCUUAAGUGGCCAUUAAGUGACUCCCAAGUGUCAUGAAAUCAAAGAGCGCCAUGCAAGAUACCGAAGUUGUUAACGUAGUAAUGUUGCAGAGACGCUGGCAGAUGCUCAUUUAGGGUGCAGAAAUCUGCAAUACAAUGUGUUCCAUUUUUUUUUAAGUUUCUGUUGUGUAUUUUUAGUAAAAUAAUGUGAAGAUCUUAUGAAGUCUGAUUUGCAUAGAGAAAACCUGAAGGGAAAGUGUAAAAUCAAACCUUUUAAUAAAAUAAAACUGCAGUAA